AUGGGCAACCAGAUUUCAAAAAAGCCCAGCGCAAAAGCAAAUCGCAACUCGACCCUCCUGGACGCCAAACCAACCACCCCAAUAACCACCACCACUAAUACUAAUACCAACAGCACUAAUACCAAUGGCAAACAACAACAGCAACAACACAGCAACGGCGGUAACGGCAGUAACGGUCUAAAGGACAAAAAGGGAACCAAUUAUCCAACUCGAUCCUCACAAGACGUCAACCGUAGCUCCUGGCAGGCUCAACCAACUCAUACGACAACGGCAGCAACAACAACAUCAGCUACUGGUGGUACACCUCAUAACCACGACAAUAACCGUAACAGUAUCGCGGGGGCAACACACAAGCAGCCGAUCUAUUCGAAGACAACCAACAGUGAAACCACCACAGCUGCAACAGUCGGUCAAGGUUCAAUUCACCAGCAACAGCAACAGCAACAACAGCGUGACCAACAGUCCAGAACAGGAUCGGCAGCAGCUUCAAAGACAGAUAAACGGAGCUCCACUACCUCUGCCAACAACAACAUCGCCCCGCAUGGAGGAGGAAGUGCAGACCAUGCUACCUCGUCGUCGUUAUCGGCAGGAGGUCGUCCUGGGCAGAACCCACCGUCAGGAAAAACAGCAGCCAAGACAACAGGAGGAGGAGGAGGAGGACAAGGGUCCGAUGGACAGGGCUCUCUACAGCAAGAUCAACCACGACGCUCGAUGGAGACAAUUGCUCAGGGGACCAAUGGGAGUCAUCAAAACACCCCUAACCAGCAACACAAUAACAAUAAUAAUAGUAACAGCAAGCACAACAACAACACAACCGGACAGCAGACGAACCAUCCUCAGAGCAAUGGCACCCAUGGAGAUACCCAGGCGAGGCAACCCUCACCACAACAGCAUUCACAACAACAACAACAACAGCAACAACAACAGCAACAACAACAGCAACAACAACAGCAACAACAACAGCAACAACAGCACCAGGAGAGGCCGUCAUCGAUGCAACCAUCUUCGUAUCCAGCACCGAGCAUUCCUUUUGCAGUGACAUCACCAGGCAACCCUAUUUUGAUCAGGAAACACAACCUUGCACCCCUGGUCAUCACACCGCACAACUCAUCCUUGCUCAAGGGAACUCCGCCUCUUUCGUCUCCUUUGUCUGCUGGCCAAAAGAAGUCCUCUGAGCUGUCACCUAAUGCUCGCCUGCCAUUCAUUGGAUCGGACAAAAGUGGAAAAUCCAUGGACAUUGACGACAUGAUAUCUCGACUGCUGGAUGCUGGAUAUUCAGGAAAAAUCGCAAAGAGCGUCUGCCUCAAGAAUAGCGAAAUCUUAGCCAUCUGCCAGGCAGCACGGGAGGUCCUCCUAUCGCAACCCACGCUGAUCGAGCUCAACGCUCCCGUCAAGAUAGUCGGCGACAUUCACGGCCAAUACACGGAUCUGCUGCGUUUGUUUGAGAUGUGCGGAUUCCCACCCUCGGCCAACUUUUUGUUUCUGGGCGACUACGUUGAUCGUGGCAGGAUGAGUCUGGAGACGAUAUUGCUCUUGUUUUGCUACAAGAUCAAGUACCCAGAGAAUUUUUUCUUGCUCCGUGGCAACCACGAGUGCGCCAACGUUACCAAAGGAGUCAACCAGCUGGUAUCAUCAUGGGCACUGGACAAGAUCACACAGCUGCAGUCGCACAUGGGUCUUUUGAUCUACGGAUUCUACGACGAAUGCAAACGGCGGGCGAGCAUCAAGAUGUGGAAGGCGUUUGUGGAUGUGUUCAACUGCCUGCCGAUCGCAGCGAUUGUUGCCAACAAGAUCUUUUGUGUCCACGGAGGAUUGUCUCCCAAUCUCUCAACCAUGGCCGACAUCCGUGCAAUUCGACGACCAACAGACGUUCCCGACUAUGGCUUGCUCAACGAUUUGCUCUGGUCGGAUCCAUCAGAGACGGCGCUGGACUGGGAGGAUAACGAGCGUGGCGUUUCAUACUGCUUUGGAGGAAGCAUUAUCCAAAAGUUUUUGAACAAACACGACUUUGAUCUGGUGUGCCGGGCACACAUGGUGGUCGAGGAUGGAUACGAGUUUUUCAACGACCGGACGUUGGUCACUGUCUUUUCGGCACCCAACUACUGCGGCGAGUUUGACAACUUUGGGGCGGUGAUGAGCGUCAACGAGGAUCUGCUCUGCAGUUUCGAACUGCUGAAGCCUAUCGACCAGGCAACAGCCAGGGCGCAAAUGCAGAGUCUGGCGGCGUCUUCCGGAGGCUGGCGAGUGAAUAAGCAACGACUCAGGUAA